AUGCCAGGCUUGACGUUCUCGAAUGAGCUCAUCUCGCGUGAUGAGGGUAUGCAUACCGACUUUGCUUGUCUUCUGAUGCAACACCUCAAGUAUAAGCCCGAUCCCAAACUCAUCGAGGACAUCAUCACCGAGGCUGUUGUCAUCGAGAAGGAAUUUUUGACAGAUGCUUUGCCUGUCGCUCUGCUUGGCAUGAACGCCAAACUGAUGCAACAAUAUAUUGAGUUCGUUGCCGACCGUCUUCUCCUUGCCCUCGGAAACAAGAAGUACUACAAUGCCCAGAAUCCUUUCAGCUUUAUGGACAACAUCUCAUUGGCGGGAAAGACAAACUUCUUCGAGAAGCGUGUCGGUGAUUACCAGAAGACCGGUGUCGCGGCCAGCGGAAAGAAGAUGCAAGAGAGCUCUAAUGAUAAAAAGACCGACGAAGAGAGCAACGGCAUCAACUUCGAUGAGGAUUUCUAG